UUGUCGAGAGAGACGGACCCUUACUCCAGCAUGCUCACUGAGCCUGAGCUACCUCAGGAGUGUAACAGGAUGUCUUCCAAGCGACCAGCCUCUCCAUAUGGGGGGACAGAUGGAGAGGUAACCAUGGCAACCAGCAGACAGCGAAUGGAGGAUGAGGAAAGCGAGGGACUGGGCCGUGUCAUCCACCUCCCCCUGGCCUCCUACUGCGGCAAGGUGUCCCCUCGCUCGCCCCCCAACCGCAACUUGGACAGCCCCCCCAACAUGGACCAGGACGGCACUAAGGGGAGCUCUCUGAGUCCUUACCCCCAGCACAAUGCUACCUCACCGGGCAAAGAGGAAGGCGGAGGUGGGGGACGGCCCUGCAGCGACGGGGGCUCGGCCGCGGGCGCCCUGGGGACCCCCGAGAGACGCAAGGGCAGCCUGGCAGACGUGGUGGACACACUGAAACAACGCAAGAUGGAGGAGCUGAUCAAGAACGAGCCAGAAGAGGCCCCCAGCAUUGAGAGGCUGUUGUCAAAGGACUGGAAGGAUAAACUUUUGGCCAUGGGCUCAGGGCACAUCGGAGAAAUUAAAGGUACCCCAGACAGCCUGGCGGAGAAAGAGCGCCAGCUUAUGGGCAUGAUUGGCCAGUUGAGCAGCCUGAGGGAGCAGCUCCUGGCGGCCCACGAGGAGCAGAAGAAGCUGGCUGCCUCGCAGAUGGAGAAGCAGAGGCAGCAGAUGGAGCUGGCCAAGCAGCAGCAGGACCAGAUUGCCCGGCAACAGCAGCAGCUCCUGCAGCAGCAACACAAAAUCAACCUCCUGCAGCAGCAAAUCCAGCAGGUCCAGGGCCAGCUCCCUCCGCUGAUGAUUCCUGUCUUUCCUCCGGACCAGAGGACUCUGGCGGCGGCUGCAGCCCAGCAAGGCUUCCUCAUGCCCCCUGGCUUCAACUACAAGCCUGGCUGCAGUGACCCUUACCCUCUCCAGCUCAUCCCCACAACAAUGGCUGCUGCUGCUGCUGCCACACCAGGCUUGGGACCCCUACAGCUCCAGCAGUUGUACGCAGCUCAGCUGGCGGCCAUGCAGGUUUCCCCAGGGGCCAAGCAGCACGGAGGCAGCCUGCCACCCCAAGCCAACCUGGGCACACACUCCCCACCCACCAACACACACUCACAGAGCGACAAGGUCCGCAGCUCCCCGCCACCAAACAAGACCAAGGACAGUGAGGGUGCACAGCCACUGAACCUGUCGGCCAAGCCUAAGACAUCCGAGAGCAAGUCACCCAACUCCCCCCCAACUUCCCCACAGGUCCCUGCUGCUGCUGCCGCCAAGCUGGGCCCCGCAGGCUCCAUGAAGCACAGCGUCGCCCCCUCUAGCAUCGGAGGACCGCCAACCAGAGUCAGCUCAAUAGCAGACUUGUUGUCGUCGCUGUCCUCUGGCGCCUACCUGAACGACCACGAGGCGGUGACCAAGGCCUUCACCGAGGCCCGGCAGAUGAAGGAGCAGCUGAAGAGAGAGCAGCAGGUGCUGGACGCCAAGGUGGCCGCAGUCAGCAACCUCGGCCUCAACAACGGACGCUCUGACAAGGACAAGGCUGCCUUGGAGAGUCUGAGUCAACAGUUGAAACAGCAGGCAGAGGACAAGUUCAGCCACGCCAUGCUGGACUUCACCAUGAGCGGAGACUCUGACGGCUCCCCCAGCGUGUCAGACUCCAGGAUAUUUCGGGAGGCUCGGGGUCGUGGCAGCAGCGAGCCGCACAUCAAACGGCCGAUGAACGCCUUCAUGGUUUGGGCCAAGGACGAGAGGAGAAAGAUUCUCCAGGCCUUCCCCGACAUGCACAACUCCAACAUCAGCAAGAUCCUUGGCUCACGCUGGAAAGCCAUGACCAACCUGGAGAAGCAGCCCUACUAUGAGGAGCAGGCCCGUCUCAGCAAGCAGCAUCUGGAAAAAUACCCGGACUACAAGUACAAGCCGAGGCCCAAACGCACCUGCCUGGUGGACGGCAAGAAGCUGCGCAUAGGCGAGUACAAGGCCAUCAUGAGGUCCCGUCGACAGGAAAUGAGACAGUACUUCAGUGUGGGGCAGCAGGGUCAGUUGCCCCUGUCCUCAGCAGGCGUGGUCUACCCAGGUGCCCUCUCCAUGGCGGGAAUGCCGUCACCCCAGAUGCCCUCAGAGCACUCAAGCAUGUCCAGCAGCCCCGAGCCCAACGCCAACCACCACCAGACCCCGCACAUGGCUGGCCUGAAGGGGGACGAGCCUCGCAUAAAGGAGGAGGAGCUACGGCUGGACGACAGCAACGGCGACGUGUACGACGACUUCGACUACGAGGACGAAGAGGCUGAUUACGCCAGCGAUAACGAGAACCAUAUCACCCAAUAGGACGGCGUGAGAGCCGCCUACUUUUUAAGCCAAUCACAGCUGGUUAAUCCCACAAAAUCCCAAACCCACCAAUCAGGAAGAAAACCUCCUCUUUUGCCAAUCACCCUGAGUCCCAAUUUCACAAAACCCGCCACCCUUUCUCCCUCUUGACUAACACGGACUCUGUUCUCAGAGCCAAAUCCCUCCCACUGGAGUCCUGAUACCAGCAUCUGAUCAAUCAACUGAAGCACAGGACCUGUCACUCACACUGACUGUUACACAAACUGGAGUCUGGGAGGAAGAGACGACUAAGCCAGCUCUGAAGCUCGCUGAGGAAUAUUCAAGUACUACUGCAAGAGUCUGAUACCGAGGCGAGUGUAAUGCCACGAGUGAGGAGAAAUAAAAAUCACACUCAGAAAGCAACCUUUUAGACCCGUUUGUAAACAAGGAGACAUUUUAAAAUUAAAAACGCAACAGUGGACCUGUCAAAGGCGAACAGAUGACACUUUAAGAUGGCGGACCUGUUUAUUAUCAAGAGACACUUUUAAAAAAACAGCUUUUUUUGUUCUUGGUUCUAUAAUAUUCUCACUCAGGUACACGGUGCCAAUAAGUGGCUUGUGAAUGUGAUUUGUUGUUUUUGUGCUACAAGUUUGAAUAAUAAUAGAAAAA